AGGAGAUAGGGAGUAGUUCACGGACUCGAGGAGAGAGAGAGCCGCUCCGAUGAUUAAAGUUGUCUCGUUCCUCCUCCUCUCACACAGUCCCACGGCUGAGGGUGUUCAUGUGAGCGGCUGAGGCUCUCUGUUUCCACGCGCACUUCGUACCCCCCACCCCUCAUCUGUCACCCUCACGAGCACCAAACCACCUUCAACACCUUUCUUUUUUUUAAAGUUUCUCCUCUCUUUCCAUGAAUGACUCUGUCUCGUUGUUCUACAACCUCGGAUAGCUCCUCACGACCUCACCUCCUCGGCACAUCUUCUUCUUCUCUGCUCAAGUUGAGAGCGCGCCACCAGGACCUUCACUGCGGCUCCAGGCGCGCGGGGGGCAAGACUCACGCGACGAGGAAAACCCUGAUUCACUGUGCAGCCGCGGCCACCGUCGACAUGAGCCUCAAAGCCGACUCGGAGCCCAACAACAGCGUUUCCAUCGAGGAGGAGGUACGGACUCUGUUCGUCAGCGGCCUACCAGUUGACAUCAAACCACGGGAAUUGUACCUGCUCUUCAGACCUUUUAAGGGUUAUGAAGGGUCACUGAUUAAGUUAACGUCAAAACAGCCUGUUGGGUUUGUAACGUUUGACUGUCGCUCUGGAGCUGAAGCUGCAAAGAAUGCACUAAAUGGUAUCCGUUUUGACCCCGAAAGUCCCCAGACCCUGCGCUUAGAGUUUGCUAAAGCCAACACGAAGAUGGCAAAGAGUAAGCUGAUGGCCACACCGAACCCCACAAAUAUCCACCCCGCUCUAGGAGCACACUUCAUUGCACGGGACCCAUAUGAUCUGACAGGGGCAGCACUGAUCCCAGCAUCACCCGAUGCCUGGACUCCUUACCCCCUGUAUACCACGGAGCUGACCCCAGGGCUCCCCCACGCUGCCUUCACGUACCCGGCAGCCGCUGCUGCAGCCGCAGCCCUCCACGCCCAGGUGAGGGAGCAACCGAUGCGCUGGUACCCUACUCCCUCUGAGACUUCCCAGCCUGGAUGGAAGUCCCGGCAGUUUUGUUAGAUAUUUAGCCUCUGGAAACCACACCUUCAUCCAGCUGAAGUGAGGUUUACCAAGCUCUUCAUUUAAUUUAAUCAAGUUUAUUUAAUGGACAAAUGUGCAUUAUUAAACAGUAUUUAUCUCCCUCCUGAGGACCCCGGGGGGGAGUUGGAGUUAAAACCCAUCUUGCUGUCGACAAUCUAAACAUGUCCUUGGUGAUUCUUGCGGUACCAUCAGCACUUAAAAAAGAAACGAUCUUUGUGCAAACCUGUUAGAUUCCUAAUUACUAAGGAAAAUUGAUGUUUUGAAGUUGGUGUAAAGUUGGUCCCUUCAGGGGUCACCGCUGCACCAGGGAGGUGUAGAGCUGUUCAGUCUUUGCAUGUUAGUCUUUUUGGCAUGAAUUUAGAACGCAGAUUUCUGUGUAUCCUAAUUUUCUUAGUGUUUGUGUUGCCUUUUGACCUAGACAGCAAAAUGUGUUUUUUGUUUUUUUUCUUCUGUUCUGUAGAACCUUGGUCUUACCUCUAAGCUAGGCUGUUGUGUAAAUGGCUUAUCUUGCAUGGACCUCGUGAAUGCUUCCCUACAUUUGGACAAUCCCAGGCCUCAUAAUAUCCGUCUUUAUUUGAGCAAAAAGUGCAAAUUAUUUGUGCUUUUUGCAUAUAAUGUAUAUUUAUGCAUUUUUGUGCGACUAAAUGAACCUAUAUAAGUUGGAUGUUUAGUCGUCUCUUGUGUUUGGUGUUCAUUUUUUGAUCCUAUAAUCCUGUCGAAGUAGUUUUAAAGAAAAGUGCAAUUUGUUUAGAGGGGAAGUUGGUAUCUGUCAAAAAAUGGAAGUAUUCUGAACUUGUGCUGUUAUGCUAAAAUGAGAUUGCUGUGAAACUAGACUACAAAUGUAAAGGGUUCUUUUUUGGGGGUGGGGGUGGGGGGGGUGGACUUCUUGAAAAGAGUAGCAAGAUUAGACUGAAGGAAUUUAGUUUGGUUAAGAACCCGUUUGUCUCUGUAUCUGCUGUGCAUAAGAUGUUACAAUCCUCGUCUUAUGAAUAAAAGAAGUGAAUGCA